AACAAUUUUAGAAUCUUCGAGUGGCACAGGCAUACUUGUUCCUCUCAAGUGUCGACCUCUGCUGGCCGUGGUGGUGACUGGGUGCGACGGAAGGGGUGGGUGAGUCUUCGUCUCCGAGAGCGACGAGAUGGACGACUACGCGAGGGAGAUGAUGGACCUCAAGACUCUCGUCACCCGCACCCUCGAGAAGAAAGGCGUCCUCGCCAGAAUUAGGGCUGAGCUCAGGGCAAGUGUAUUUGAAGCCAUAGAAGAAGAAGAUAAAGUUCUUGUAAAUGAGGACAAUGCCCCUCCUGCACUACUAGGAAGCUGCAAUGAUCGAGCAAAGCAGCUGCAUGUCUCUCCUUCAGGAAGGUUAUUAACAGCAUUAGUUUCUGAAUAUUUGGAAUGGGCCCAGUUGGGUCACACUCUCAAAGUUUAUCUACCUGAGUGCAAUUUGCCAAAGGACUUCUGGAAAGAUGAGUUGAAGGACUUUAGCACCAGAACAAACAGAGAUGGUGAAAGCGGUCCAUUACUAUUAGAUGUUCUUGAAGGAUAUCUAAAAUAUGAGAAUUUGAUUCAAAAUAGGUUUGCUGGUGGGCGAUUAAUUGAUUCGCAGAAUGAUUCAGUAUCUAAUGCUGAAACCAGGAAUGCCCGAAGGCCAUCUUCAUCAGCUGCUGCUCCUGGAGGAUUACCUGCAUUGAGCAGGCCAGUCCCACGUAACCAGUCAUCAGAACGAAAGUCAAGUUCCUCAAUUCCCAUGUCUAGGAAGGAUGAUUACAUGUGGAACUAUGAUGUCGAUGACAUAUCAGAGGAUGUCAUUCGAACGGCAAAUGCUUUAGAAAACAUUCAUCUGGACAGAAAAGCUCGACAUUUGACAUCUUCUUGGAGGCAUUCAACUGAGGGGACGAUGGACGAUAAUGGCAGUGUUGAUCAUCGCUACUCAAAGUAACAGUCUACGUUGAUGUGCUUUUAGCUUGCUCCAUCACGUUUACAACAUCAAGUCGGUAACAUACUGUUUAUCUUUUCUAUUCAGAUGUUUAUUGUUUUUGCGUUUAGAUUCAUGUCAUGUUUAAUUUUGCUUCCCUGCAACUUAUUAGUGGUCUACUAUGUAUCUUGUGCUGUACUUUUGCUUGAUUUCUAAUGAUUUGCAGCAAGCACCGAGAGAUU